CUGAACACAACUGAUUUACACUAUUUUCAGACAUUGAUCUUUUCGUUUGGGAACUUUGGAUCUUUCAAGUUAGGAGAAGAAGGAGCUAACGUUGCCGAACUACUAGAAUUAGCUGGUUUGGAAAGUGAAAAACUAAAUGAAGCAUUGCAACUUUUGGAGGAACAGGCUGCUAUGUUGAAUGAUUAUUUUUCUCUGCAAAUAGCUCGACCGCUAGGUGCACAAUCGGGUGACGAUGGUUUGAGAGAACUGACAUUGCUCACCGUUCCUUCUGUCAUUGAUGGUUAUAUGCCACAAAUGGAAGGAUUACCAAAUCUGAUGCUAGCUCUUGUCAAAAACGUGAAUUGGGAGGAGGAGGAAGCAUGUUUUCAUGAUGUCAGCCGUGCACUUGCUGAAUUUUUUGUCAUGAAGGAGGAAUUUUGCCAGGAUGAGGCUUUGUCAGGCCUAGAAGGAGGCAAAGUAUUAUGGGUGUUCCUUGUCCGAGAUGUACUUAUCCCACGGGUAAAAUCGCAUCUGGUACCUUCAGAUACCCUCAGAGAUGGUAUCAAACGUCUGGCGGAUUUGCAUGAUCUCUACAAAGUGUUUGAGCGUUGUUGA